AGGAGCCGGCCGGGGCCGUCCGCCUGCUGGGCCCCGAGCUGGAGGGACGGUAGCCCGCCCGCCGCGGCCCGGAGCAGGGACAUGAGGAAGAAGCGGCGGCGGGAGGCAGACGGAGGCGGAGCCGCCCAGCGGCGGUAGCAGCGUCCUCGGGGGGUGGCAGGUGUAGCUCCGGGGCAGGAGCGUCACCUCCUAGCCCCCCUUUCCAGUCAGUGGCCGCGUUAGGGGCUGGUGGCGGCGGCGCCUCCCUUAGUCCGCCACCAUGUUCCGGAGGGCGCGACUCAGCGUAAAGCCCAACGUGAGACCCGGGGCUGGCGGCAGGGGCCCGGCCGCUCCCGAGCCCCCUCGCGGCCAUCAGCCUCCCCGAGAGCCCGAGCCGGCCGCGCCGCCGCCGCCGCCAGCGCCCGAAGCAGCCGAGACCCCGCCGGGGCCCCCGCUGGAUCCCGAAGGAGCCAAGCCCCUGGAGGACCAGGCGGCCGAGUGCGGUGAUGAAACGCCCGCUGGGGAUGAUGCUGGACAAUCCAGUAAAUCUUCAUCGACUGUUUCACAAAGAAGAAAGAGAAUAUCAACUGUGCCUAGUCUCAAUAAAUCUAGUGCCCCUGCUUCAUCAGUUCCCCAGUCCUUGUGCAGUGUUCAACAGGAAGCACCACAACCAAGUCCCCUUCCAGUAAAAGAGAAACAGCCAUGCUCAGACCGUCAUAGGAUACUUAAAGCUCAAAAGCUGAGAGAAAUGCUGAGAGAGGAAAUGACAAAAAGAAGGAAGCAAGGGAAAAACAAAUAUGCCGGAAAUGAAAGCCAAAUGCCACCAGACCGUUCUAAAAUGACUAUGAGAGACUUAAUAUAUUACCUGCCGGACAGCAAUCCCAUGAAAUCUUCUUUGGAACAAGAAGCAAAAACUGAAAAAUCUACACCACCAGUGCAAACCAAAGAUCAAGAAGAGAAAAAUAUUCCUGAUGCCGAAGAUGAUGUUGAAGAAAUGGAGGAAGAGAGCAACGAUGGCCCUUUACUUGUUCCUCGUGUUAAAGUGGCAGAAGAUGGCUCUAUUAUUCUGGAUGAAGAAAGUUUAACAGUAGAAGUUUUAAGGACAAAAGGCCCAUGUGUUGUUGAAGAAAAUGAUCCCAUUUUUGAAAGAGGUUCCACAACUACAUAUUCCAGCUUUAGGAAAAAUUAUUACUCUAAACCAUGGUCCAAUAAAGAAACAGACAUGUUCUUUUUAGCCAUCAGCAUGGUAGGAACUGACUUUUCCAUGAUUGGCCAACUUUUUCCUCACAGAGCAAGAAUAGAAAUUAAGAAUAAAUUUAAACGUGAGGAAAAAGCAAAUGGGUGGAGAAUUGACAAAGCAUUUCAAGAGAAACGCCCCUUUGACUUCGAUUUCUUUGCUCGUUUGCUUGAGAAGGUCCUUGCAGAGGAGGAGAAAAGAAAACAGAAAACUGUUAAAAGUCAAAAUACAAAAGAGAAGAAGUCUUCUAGACCUCGAAAAAAACAAAAUGUAAAUAGAGUUGCCAGUGGCGAAGUGGAUGAUGAUCCGGAUGAUUCUCUGAAUGCUAGAAUUUCAGACAUGGAAAGAACUGAAAUGGAUGCUCAGAUUGUCGAGAAAGAGAAUGACCAGUCUUUGAAUGUAGCAGGACAGACUAUAUUAGAAUCUGUCGUAAACAGAAAGAAACGGAAAAGGAAGAAGAAGGAUGACACCGAUGAGCAAGAAGCACAAAAUCUUUCAAAACAGGCCACUGACCCCUCAGAUACUUCUAAAGGAGAAAAGCCAAAUAAAAAGAAAUGUCAACUUUUGGUAACUGUAAUAAAUGGGGAUGAAUGCAAUAAAGACUUGGAAGUUUCCAAUUUAGAAAACCUAGAUGAGGUUGCUUGCGCAUUACCAAGUGAAAAUGAUGAAAAUGAAACUGAAUACAUCUCUUCAGCAAGCAAUCAAGAUGAUAACGCCAUGUCAGUAGGAGCAGUUGAAUCCUCUGAACCAGAGGCUUUAGAUUUGUCUCCUUCAGAAGCCAAAAGUAAAGAAUCGACUCAGAUUGCUCAAGUUGACAGCAAUGUAGGAGGAAAAGUUAGUGAUACUAAUAUUAAACUGCUAGAAGCUGAAAAAUCUGAUACUAGCAAACCCAAAGUGAGAGGGCGUCCCCUCAGGCCUAAACCCAACUUGUUAGGAUCAUUUGGAAAGAAAGCAGAACCUACUGAAAAUAAAAUUGAAGUAGAGAGCAAAAAUUCAUUUCCAGAACUUCCAGGAAAUGUUGAAAAGAAUCUCGUUGAAAAAGAUGAAUGUAGCCCUCCUGAUAUUACUGGAAAGGAAGUCACAGAAACAGAGAGUCAAGGACCUGAAGGUGAAUCUCAUGAAAAACAUGGUUUACAAGAAACUAAUAAGACAACUACUUUCAGACCACCGAGGUUAAUGAGGGGUCGAAUGCAGAGACCAAAGCCACGUAUAGGUCGAACAAUUGGCCAGAAAGAAGUAUUGGCAACAGAAGACAAAACUGGAACUAAGGAAGAGGAGGAAAAUGAGUCCAGUGUCACCAAAGGUGCCCAAGUACAAACAGAAGAUCAAUCAUUCAGCAAGUUAGAUGUUGGGAACAGCAGUUCACAGAGUGAAAAAGAAGAUGUAAUUUCUCAGAAGUCAAAAACAGAUGAGCCUGAGACUGUUGAGGAAAAUCAGAGUCUGCAGGAUGGCAAUAAAUCAAAUACACUCAAGCGAGGACCAGUAAUGAGAACACGAUUUCAGAAGCCAAGACCUAACAUAGGAAGAGCAACUGGAAGAGGUGAAAUUAGCACAGGAGAAAAAGCAUCCAAGGAAAUAAGUGUCACUGGAAAAGUAGAGGCAGGUUUGCUUCAGACUGAUGGUGAAUUCAGUUCUCUUCCCCUCCCAGAUAUCAUAAACUGUGGAGCACCACCCUCUGUUGAAGCAGUUGAGAAAGAAGCACCUUCUCAAAAGGGAAUCUCAAGUCCAAUAAUUCCUCUGAAGCCUUCUUGCAUAUCCCCUGUAGAAGGAUGUGAAGAAGAUAAGGAAACACAAUCUGCAACUGAUCUGGAGCAAGUUUCAGAUGUUAUCAAAAGCAAAUGUUCUCAAGAUGAAAAGCUCUGCGUCGUUAAAAAAACCCCUUUUGUGAGAAGUCGAUUCAAGAGACCAAGACCAAACUUAGGAAGAGCAGUUGAAAAAAGUGGUGUUCCAGGAGCAGAAAAAUGUGAGCUAAUAGAGAAAAUGGAAACAGGAAAAUUGGAGAUUAUGAUACAACAUAAACAGGAUGCCAUCUCCCCCCCUCAAACUGAUGCCUUUCUUCUUCAAGAAAAUGCUUCUUCCCUUCAAGUUAAUUUCUCCCUCUGUCAAGAUGAUGCCUCUCCUCCUCAAGUCACUGCAUCUUCCCCCCAAGUUGAUGCCUCCUCUCCUAAAGAUGAUUCCAUUCCUCCCCAAGGUGAUUCCCUGCCCCCUCAAGUCUCUACCUCUUCCUCUCAACUCGAUGCCUUCCCACCCCAAGACAGUGCUUCGACUCCUCAAAUCAAUGCCUUUCCUCUUCAAGAUGACAUUUCCCCCCUUCAAGGCAAUGCCUCCCCUCUUCAAGGCCAUGCCUCCCCUCUUCAAGGCCAUGCCUCCCCCCUUCAAGGCCAUGCCUCUCCACUUCAAGGCCAUGCCUCCCCACUUCAAGGCCAUGCCUCCCCCCUUCAAGGCCAUGCCUCCCCUCUUCAAGGCCAUGCCUCCCCCCUUCAAGGCCAUGCCUCUCCACUUCAAGGCCAUGCCUCCCCCCUUCAAGGACAUGCCUCCCCCCUUCAAGGCCAUGCCUCCCCCCUUCAAGGACAUGCCUCCCCCCUUCAAGGACAUGCCUCCACCCUUCCAGGUAAAGCCUUUGCCCUUCAAGGUGAAGCUAUCUCCUUUCAAGGUGAAGCUUCCUCCCUUCAAGGUGCUGCUUUUUCUCCUCAAAAUGAUGCCUCCCCACUUCAAGGGAGUGUUUCCUCCCUACAGGUUAGUGUCUCCCCCCUUCAAGGUAAAGCCUCUCCCCUUCAAAAUAAAGCCUCCCUACUUCAAGAUAAUGCCUCACCACUUCAAGGUGAAGUCUUCCCCCUUCAAGGCAGUGCAUCCUCCCUUCAGGGUGAUGUCUCUUCCCUUCAAAAUAGUGUUUCCCCCCUUCAAGGUGAUGCUUCCCCCCUUCAAGAUGAGGCCUCCACUCUUCAAAGUGAUGCCUCCCCUCUUCAAAGUGAUGCCUCCCCUCUUCAAGGUAAUGCCUCCCCUCUUCAAGGUGAAGCCUUCCCUCUUCAAGGCGGUGCUUCCUCCUUUCAAGAAGAUGCCUCCCCACUUAAAGGCAAUGCCUCCUCCCUUCAAGAUGAGGCCUCCUCACUUCAAGAUGAUGUUUCCCCACUUCAUGGUGAAGCCUCCCCUCUUAAAGGCGAAGCCUCCCUACGUCAAGGUGAUGUCUCCCCCCUUCAGGGUGAUGUCUCCCCCCUUCAAGGUGAUGUCUCCCCACUUCCAGGUGAAGCUUCCCCCCUUCAAGAUGAGGCCUCCCCACUUAAAGACAAUGCCUCCUUCCUUCAAGGCAGUGCCUUCCCCAUUCAAGAUGAGGCCUGCCAACUUCAAGAUGAUGUCUCCCCCCUUCAAGGUGAUGUCUCCCCUCUUCAAAGUGAAGUCUCCCCACUUCCAGGUGAAGCUUCCUCUCUUCAAGAUGAGGCCUCCCCACUUAAAGACAAUGCCUCCUUCCUUCAAGGCAAUGCCUUCCCCAUUCAAGACGAGGCCUCCCAAUUUCAAGGUGAUGUCUCCCCUCUUCAAGGCGAUGUCUCUUCUCAAGACUGUACCUCACCCCCUCAAGUUGGUGCUUUUCCUGUUAAAGCCUAUGCUUCCCCCCCUCAAUUAGCUGCCUCCUCCCUUCAAGUUGUUGGUUCCCUUCAUCAAGAUGAUGCCUCCAUCCCUCAAGAUGAUGCCUUUCCCCGUCAGAUGUCUGCCCUCCCCACUCAAGAUGAUGCCUCCCCCUUUCAAAUUGAUGUUUCUCCCCUUCAAGUUGAUGUUUCCCCUGUUCAAGUUGUUGCCUCCUCGCUUCAAGUCAGUGCCUCAUCCACUGUAGCUGUUACCUUCUCCUCUGAAGAUGAUGCUUCCCCUGUUCAAGUCACUGCUUCCUGCCCUCAAGGUGCUGCCCUUUCCAUUCAGGACAUCGGCGACCCUUGUCAGAAUGAUACAGUUGAAUGUUCUCAAAAGACAGCAGUUAAAUAUGAAAAACCAGUUCCAGAAAAGGGUGAAGCAGAGCUGCUUUCAAAUGAACAGACUGCAGAGAAGCUUUUAGAUUCAAUGAAUUGUGAACCUGAAGAGAGGCCUUCAUUUAUUGAAGCCCAGGAAAAUGAUUUUGCUCUUUCUACAUGCCUCAAGAAUUCCCAGCAAGAAAUUAAGAAAAAUGGUAUCCAACCUGCACAACGAAUGAGGGGCCGAUUUAAGAGGCCUAGGCCAAACAUAAGCAAAGCAGAACGAAGAGGAUCCAGGAUAACAGGAAAAUGGGUUAUUGAAGAAAGGGAAGAAGGAGUAACACAGCAUAAGAACGAAUCUGAAAGUGAAUUCUUCACUCUUCCAAAUUCUAAAAUUGAAAGUGAAGUUGUACCUUCUGAAGUCUAUAGUACGUGUGGAAAUAAGAAUCAAGGGAUAUCAGAACAAAAUUUGCAAAGUAGCAGAACUGAAGUUUUAAAUGAACAGAUAAGCACGGAUAAAUAUAAACCUUGUGCUAUCAGCCCAGCACAGUUGAGAAGGAGCCGAUUCCAAACAGCUAAGCCAAAUUUGGGGAAGGUGUACAGAAAGAAAGAAGAACCUGGAGCAGAAGAGAUUGUGCCCAAUAAAAAUGACACAAGAAAAGUAGAAGAUCAGUUGUUGCAGCAAGGAGAUUCUGAUACUCAUCAGUCUCUAAAAGAUAAAACAGAGCUGUUGUCAUCCCUGGGAAUUGCAGCAAGAAAAGAAUGUGUGGAUUCCAGAGACUCUGCCUUGCUCAAAGAAUAUAGUCAGUCAGAAAAACUGGAUUCCUUUGACAGGCGAUUGGAUGAUGCUGGUCACAGUGGUCCAGGAGCCACUUCCUCAUCUGUAGGUGUUGAAGAGCAAUUUCUAAAUAAAUCAACAAGAUAUAUACAACAAUCAAAAGAACCAAGCUGUCUGAAAAAUACUUUGGGUCGAAGAAUAGUUACUUCCUCAACCUCUGAAUGUGAGAUGGAUAAUGCUGACAGGAGAAUGCAACGGAAGUCUAAACAAAAUUUCACCAAAGGACGUGGGUCCAAACGUGUUCGUGGCAGGAUUUCCAAGAAGGAACCUAAGACCUCAAAGGCAGUAUUAGUGACACUCCGAGCUUCUCAGGAAGAAGAUGAAGAGGAUAUAGAAGACCUUGAGUCUGAAUAUGAGGAAGAAAACUACCACCUUGCACCAGAAGAAGUCAACAAGGCACCAGUGUUUGUACCUAUCGGACUCCGGUCACCAGAACCUGUUCCUGCCCAAAUUGAGGAAACUAUGGAAGAGCUUGAAAUUUCUGUGAAUGUCCCAGAUGUACCAUGUAUUACUAUUGCUGAACAUCUUCUUCCUGAUGUAAAUGUGUCAAAUGAAGGACUGAAUCAGGAACAAAAUUUGAAUGCCUCAGUUGAAAUUACUACAAUUGAAUAUCCUGAAGAAGAAACAGGUAUCAAUGAUGGAAGCACAGAAGCUGCCAUAGCUUUGCUUACAAUGGGAAAUCAGAUGUUGCAGUCAGAGACAAGUACUGAAGGAAUAGUGUGUGUACUUCCUGAAGAUGACUUAAGGAGCCAUAUUUCCACUUCUAACCCAGAGACCUUUGACCACAGAGUAGUUCUUGAACAUCAAGUGCUUUCUUCACCAGUCCCUAGUACAUUGCUUACAACACUGGAUGAAAAUAAGAGUAUAUUAGAGGAACAAAAUGCUGGAAAAGAAAUGAACGUACCUGGACAAAUAAAGGAAAAUUCUACACCUUCCAGUGACCAGUCUUCUAAAAAGACAACUUCAUUGAGAACAAGAAGCAGAUUUCCUAAACCUAAGCCAAACCUCAGUAAAAUACUGGGAAAAGAUAGACAUGUUCGCCGGAAAGUUACUAGUCUUCCUUCAACUGUGGAUCAACAGGUUGACAUUCAGAGUGAUGAAACAGGAUGUAUUGCUUCCAAAGUACCAGUAUUGGAAGACAUAAACAUAGAAUCAAAGAUUAUGGCAGAUGGCAUGAUGCAGGCUAGCAUGUUGACAGAUCUGCACAGCUUCGAAGGCACCGACAAUGGCAAAGAAGUCAAACAAAUAGAAAGAGAAGAAAACCAGGACAAGGAAUCUCAAGAGUCUCAAAUGGUGUCUUCCUGUCCACUAGCCAAGACCAGUUCAGAUGACAUUGGCUGUAAUCUCACUAAGACUCCAACAGGAGAAUUUCUUAACCAUGAUGAUAGUGGACAGAACUUAUUAAUGACUCAUUUUGCCCAGCAGUGUACACUGAAUAAUGCUGCAGAAGUUGAGCAACAGAAUGCAGUUAUCCCAGAUAACACAGCAGUGAAUCUGGCUGCAGAUGAACAUCAAGGAGAAGAAGAGGAGCAGACAUUCAUUUUAACACUGGUGGAAAUCCCAAGAGACUCAGCAGAGCAAUUUGCUGGUUUGUCGGAUUCGUUAACUUCUGGCGCUCUACUGCCAGCACCCAUUUUGGUCAAACCAAUGAAUAAAGAAGAAAGGGGAGACCUGAGCUUGAAUUUCCCAGUUGGUGAAGAUGCCAUACAUUUACCUAGUUAUGGAAACAGUAUGCAGCCAUCUUCUGAAAAGCCUCCAUCUGAUUUGGAUCUGACAUUUAGUGAAACCGUUGGAUGCAGCCCUGAAGAAAGCACUAGCCUGGUUGCUUCUACAAAUCUUAGUGUAUCUACUUUAGGAGAAGAUUGUCAGAAAAUCACCUCUGAGGUGUUCUCAGAAGAAUCCACAGAUGUGUACAAGCAUGCUACAGGAGAGUCUUAUGAAAAGCAGACAGUUGUACCUAUCUUGGGAAGCACAUGUACAAUUGCAGAACCUCCGAAGAUAGAGAAAGAGCAGUCAGAACCCACUGUUCAGGCUUCAGGAACUGAAUCUUCUGAGGAGGUGACAUGUGCUCAAAAAGAAGAGAAUGUUCCUCAUUUACCUCAGGAUGAGACAGUAGUGUCUGACGAGCCUGAAAGGAGCGGGACUGCCCAUCAAUUAGGACGGAGGAGCAAGUCAUCGUCUUUGUUUUCCAGGCCUGGCCGAAGACCCCUGGGAUUUUUAUCUUUGAUAUGUUCAAAGAAUAAUUUGGAAUCUGAGGAAGCCACACCAAUGAAUAGUCAAAAGCGUUUGAAACCUCUUAUACCUGUCUCAAGGCAUAAUUUUAGAAGACCGGCUCUACUAAAUGAAAGCAAGAGAAAAAAGCAAGACUCUUGUCCCCUUCCACCCCCAAGUGCUGAGUCUCAUUCUGAAGCCAGUACUGUUAGCAGCUCAACACCUCAGGUUUCCUGUGAUCAAUCAUUUGAGGAAGAAAAGUGUAAAAGUGACCAAAAGAUGGAAACUGAAGAGGAGCCAACUAAAGUCACUGAAUAUUUUUUUAGUGAUAUUUUUAUGGAAGUGGAUGAAACAGAGCAAAACUGAAGCUUUUUACAAAGCUUGGGAUUUAAUUCUGAAUUGCAACAACAAAGCAGUAUUUAGCUAAAAGAUCACUGUUGAUUUUUCUUGGGUUUAUUUUGUAUUUGAUGAACUUGGUCUUGAAGCUUUUAAAAUCACUGGAGUACAUUAUGGAUAUUUUUCUCAAAUUAGUUGAGUCAAGUAAUUAAGACUGAUUUAACAAAUAAUGACUCUUGUUUACACUUUAACCUGCCUCCUGUGCUGGCCAUAUGUGGACACUUUGUGGUGUCACAGAUAAAUGCCUUUUCAAUCAUAGGCCUAAAGUCUUUGGAGGUUGAUUGUAUAUAACAUUUAGUGAACACUUCUUUUUGUGAAGUAAUUUCUUGGUAGGGGCCUUUUAAUUUGCCUCUGUAAUAGAUGGAAGCAGAUUGUGAAACUUUAGAAAAUGGCAAAGAAAGCCAUUUUCUAUUAUCAGCUAUUUCUCUGACUAUAAAUAUGUAUUUUUGUAAUAAAAGAAUCCAUAUUGAUGUAAGAUUGAUGGUUCAAAUUGAAAAGUAAAUAUUUAACUUCAAUAUUUGUAUAGAGGUGAAACAUCAAAGAGCUUAUUUAUUUAUUUUUUAUUUAUUUAUAAGAAUGCUGUUUGUUUAGUCUUUUCACCUGACAGACUUGUGGUAAGGUAGAAAUGAAUGUUUAUAUCCAAUUAAGAAUCUCUUUCUUAAUUUUGAAGCCAUUUAUCAUGAUUAUUAUAGUGGAUUAUGUUUGUUCUCUUGGGAAUUGUGAAGCCAGGGAGAUUUUCUUCAUAUCUUACUUGACUGACUUGGCUCUUGAUGGUAUUUUAGGUGGGCUUUUUUUAAAAUUCAGGAUAAGCACAUUCUUUCCAACAAGAAAAAAUCUUGCAUUUUAUUUUUAGCUGGUUAGGCAAAAUUCCUUCCACAAGUUAGUGAUUGUAAAUUGUAAGUCUUUUUUUGCUGCUUCUUUCUUCCUCCUCCAAAUUCUACAUAAACAGUUUGACUUGUGAUUAAAAAAAGGUUCUAAUAGAUGUCAAUUAGACAAUUGAAGUGAAGUCAGAAACUCUGUUUUUAGUGUAAACUUUUGGCCAGUUUUUACACUUAAGGGUUGUAAUUUCAAGGUCUAGUGAUUCAUUUUCAUAAUCUAGGGCCUGCCUCAAUGUCCUCCCCCCACCCAAUUCCCCUCCACACCCAGCUAUUCUGAUGAAACAUUCCCAAAGGAUAUUUCUGGUUUUCUUUGAGUAGCUUGCUUUUUAGUCUUCCAUUAGUUAUUUUGUGUUUGAAGUCUUCAAUCUUUCCUGAAAGGAAAAUUCUUCAGAAUGUAAACUGAAACCUGCUUUUCCCAUAGAAAAAAAAAUGAAUUUCCAAAUCUGCUACCACCUACAAAAAUGUCCUUACUCAUUACAUCGCAUUAACAAUUAAUAAUGAAACAUGUUACUAUAUUGAAAGGAGAAAAGUUAUAUGUAGAAAAAUAAUUAUAUAAAGUUCCUGUGUUAAGAUAGACAUUUACUGUGAAGAUUGUGUAAUUGAGGAAGGGAAUCAGAAUGCAGAAUUGGGAACUACUCCAGUCUAGCGGGGAGUCCUAGAACCUGUGGAAGAGAUAUACAAGCACCAUCAAGAAAUGCAUAGUCUUGAGUUCAGGCUGGGAGAGAGGAGGAGGACUGGUAGGGACUGAUAACAAGAUUGCUAACUUCUUUCUUCCCUCAAGCUAAAGGCAAGGCAAGCAAAAACCAGUAAAACUAAUCAUAGGCUACACUUAGGUUUUAUAUAAGCCAAAUUUGGGGAAAAGAUGAUUUGGAUUCAAAUUAAAUUCCCAAGAAAGUUUUUAUUCUGUAGUGAUUAUUGCUUUGUAUGACCCCUAAAAAAUGGGAGAGUAAAUCUAAAGUCUGUGAGAUAGGAUCACAAUUAGAGGGGAGAGACCUGCCAGUUAGAGUGAAGAUUCCCUGCUCAGGCAUGCAUGUAUAGGUUUUUCAUGCCAGUAAGCAUCAGAUACAGAAAAAUCAUGAUAACUAUCACAUUGCUUUUCUAUUGUGUUUUUUAAAAAGUCUUAAGCUAAAUUUCUUUCUCUCUGAAUUUGUUUUCAGGAUUAGAUUGUAUGAUGGAACAGUAGUUUAAUUUACCCCCUGUAGACUAAUUUUUAUGAACAAUGCUAAUUAAACUUUGCCUCUUGUAGAUUUCAUUUGUAAACAGCAGCUUUUGGGGAAAUGUUAUGUUUUACUAUGUAUGCAGUGGGUUUAUCUGAUUGUUUUAAAGAAUCAAGUCAGUUGGUUAAAUGACCUGAUGAGAAAAAGUAAUCUCAGAAAAAGAGACAUUAAAACAAAUUUAGUGCUACUGUGAAAAUGAAAAGAUUUAUUCACAAAUAUUUUAGGCCUCAUCCAGAUUAACAGGGUUUCAAUUUUGUAUUUUAAAAAAUAUUAAUUAUAAAAAAUAUGAUUAAGUGUCUUUAUCUUUCCCUGUGGAAUACAAGGAUUUUUUUUUUUUGUAAUUGCCACAUAGUAGGUCAGACUAUAUAUCCUUUCUCGAGAUGCAUUUCUGAAAAUAGGAAGUGAUUAUUUUAAAGAAAAAAGUUCAGGAAUGAUCGAUGCAGAAACAUUAAUUUUUUCUGUCAACAGCUACUAGUUGCAUACUUGUGAUUUGAGAUAGAAGUGAUCAUCUAUACUAUGUUGCCUAACAGUUUAUUGUUAAAAAUGGAAAAAAUGCUCAUUUGUAAACUUUCUUGUUUCAAAGAAAGUGAUGAUCUUUCAUAUAUGUAAAUUAUGUGAAUAAUAAAGUAAUUUUAUACCACUCA